AUGGCGCGCUUGUGUUGUCUGUUGACCGUAUUGGCGCUUGUCGGAUAUGGAGUUGCAGCACCGGCACCUAUCAAGGGCGAGGGACGCUCGUUUGGACUGCUCGGCGGUGGCUUUGGCGGCAGCGUUGGACUGAGCGCAGGCGUGGGCAUAAAUGCGGGACUCUAUAGUGGUUUCGGCGGUGGUGGCGGCGGUGAUUACUACAAUGGAGGUGGCUCCUACUAUCCCGGUGGUGGCUAUUAUCCAAGUGGUGGCUAUCAUCAUGGCGGCGGUCAUGGCGGCGGUCAUGGCUUCGGAGGUGGUUAUUAUCCAGGCGGCGGUUACAGUGGAUAUGGACACAAGCCUUACUACGGCGGUGGUGGCGGCGGUUACUAUCCAGGAGGUGGUGCCUACAACAACUACGGUGGAUCAUAUGGAGGCCACUAUAGUCAGUCGCAGUCUCAGUAUUCCAAUAAUUAUUAUAAUGGCGGCUAUGGCGGUGGCGGCGGCUUCUUUGGCCGAUAA